AUGCCACCGGGCGCUGUCGAGGAGCAAGGGGAGGAGACGGCAGCGGAUAUCGUCGACGGCUUCCUCAAGCAGCACGCGGACUUCGUCGCCGAGCUGCGGCGUGCAAACCUUGAUGAGAAGGUCAUCAAGGCGAUGCUCGAGCUCGGGCAGGAUUUUCGGCUGCCGGCGCUCGCGUAA